AUGCCGUCAAAGCAGAAACACCACGCUCGAGACAAGAGCAAAGAUUCAGUUGAAAUCGAAAAGAAUCUGGUCCAGCUGGGACUACUCUUUGACGGCAAGCCUCGACGACGCGAGAACCUUCCCUUGUGGGAACAAUCCAAAUCUAUUGCUCCGAACAAAGGUUCCUCCAUCGCUCCUCCCAGAACCUCUUUACCUUCACGAUCGGCACAGGGAGAGUCACUCUUGUUCAAACAAUCCAGCAUAUCCCGCGGCACCCUGCAUCGGCACAACGAAGGCCUACCUCAAUAUCAGCUUGCAAACGAGGUGAUCGGUCCCGAUAACCCAAAAACCGUCACGUUCGAAGACAUACAACUGCAUGCCGAACAGAACGGCAAUAUGACUGCAUUGCUGGCUACGGAUCGGGCAAGGUCCAGGCGUGAGAGGACCUUUGUUGGUGGUGAGUGCGCUGCUUGCGAAGAGUUGUUAGAACACACAUUGCGAGGUGAAAGAGUCCUGCAGUUCUCCUGCGGUCACGUUGCACACGAAGCGUGCUUCUACGAGUAUAUCAAAGACUCGGAUUCUCAGUAUUGUCCAACAUGCGAUGCUCCAUUAGGUUUGGAUUCGACGAGAGGGGGGAGCAUCUUGGAUUUGAGCAAGCUAAGCAAUCUGGUCCGCUCAAUCGCUCAACAGAGCGACGCAGUAUCCACUCGAAGUGCUGCCCCAACACCAAUGCCAUGGGACGGUCCGCAUCCAGGAGAACAACUUUACAACGAGCCACAGCGACAACCUGACAAAGAGACGAUUCGUGGACACAGAGACAGCCAGGCAGUGCGUAUAGAACGACUUGGACUGGUUCCCCAGCAUACCCGAACGCACAGUGGUAAUGCCUCGUCUGGUGAUUACCAGCCACACGACACGACAACUACAAGAAGACACGACUACGAUCUGCAUGCAAUGGAGACUAGCGUUGCUGAACAACAACCGCACGCAGAUUACAAACGCAAUCUUCCGACGCCUAUCGUGACAGUACGAAGCGAGUUUCCCACCAUUAAUAGGUCCCAUCAUCAGCAGAGCCUGACCUGUCUCGUAACUGUUGAAGUCCCUGAAGCGAAAUGGAGACAUCAUCGCGAAGACCUUCUGCAGAAUUCAACGCCCCUCGUGGCCACACAGGGCCUGUACGAGCAACUGCCACCACAACCGUUGGCCCCAGCUCCACUACAGCUCAACCGUUAUCCGCAAUCUUUGAAGAAAUCUUCCACUAGUUCGCUCCGGCCUUCCCACGAGCUUAAUCAGCUAACGGCAGAUCUCAGGAUCAGAGUCGACAAUUGGCACGGAUUGGAGUUCUCAAGGUUUGGAAACCUAAGACUCAAUGGCACUCUUCGUGUGGGCAAGGAUCAAAAAUCCUGGCAGGAACUCGAGUGUUACCUAUUUGGCGAGAUGUUGAUCUGUGUCAAGGAGAAGAGGAAUGCCGGACCUCCCAUCAUUACCGACGACGAUCGCGAGCUUACGAGAUGUUCUCUCAAAGGUUCCAUCUUGAUUAAGAAACAUCUUCAAGAAGUGCAUGUACAGUCUGGUGUACCUGUUUUGACCCUCAACCUCUCAGUAGCUGAACUGCCAACUUUCCACCUGGCUUUUAGCAGCCAGACGGAACUCGAGGUAUGGAGAGGAGCUCUUCUUGACCUGCAUAAACCGGAGUACGCUCCACCACUUCAACCCUUCUCAGAAUAUGAACAGGAUCCCUCCUGUACAGACGAUGAAUACGACAGGUAUGGCCAGAACCUGCGACGUAUGCCUUCGAGCAGUUCUUAUGGUGCACCGAAAAGCACCACGACGGCACCGACCGAAUAUUCAUCGCACAGAGUCUUUGUGGACCACCAGAUGCCUCCCUCAUUACAUACUCCCUUCGACAUUGUUGUUGUCAUACCAGUAUCUUCUUCUAUGCAAGGUCUCAAAAUCUCCUUGCUCAAGGAUACCCUGCGUUUCCUAGUAAGCAAUCUUGGAGAGCGUGAUCGUAUGGGGCUGGUCACUUUCGGCUCGAGUCAGGGCGGUGUGCCAUUGGUCGGAAUGACCACCAAAAACUGGACUGGCUGGAACAAGGUGCUUGCAUCAAUCCGGCCAGUUGGUCAGAAGAUCUUGCGCGCUGAUGUCGUCGAAGGAGCCAAUGUUGCUAUGGAUCUGUUGAUGCAAAGGAAACAGGCAAAUCCUAUUUCGACGAUUUUGCUCAUCAGCGAUUCUUCGACCUCGGAUUCUGAGAGUGUCAACUUUGUCGUCCAAAGAGCUGAGGCAGCUAAGGUCAGUAUCUACUCAUUCGGCCUGGGAUUGACGCACAAGCCAGACAGCAUGAUCGAGCUUUCGACUAAGACAAAAGCAUCGUAUCUUUAUGUCAAAGACUGGAUGAUGCUGCGAGAGUGUGCUGCAGGAGUUCUAGGCUCGCUACAAUCAAUUUCACAUCAAAAUGCCAAACUGAGGCUCAAGUUACCAGAAGGAUCACCUGCCAAGUUUGCCAAGAUUAGCGGUGCAAUGUCAACCACGAAACGUGCCACGGGACGUGAUGUAGAAACAACGCUGGGUGAUCUGCGUUUUGGCGACAAGCGCGACAUCCUGGUACAACUUGUCAUCGAGCCAGAUUCGUCAACCCAGGAUCAGCUACCACAAGAUCACUGGGAAACGAUCGUAUCGGGUCUGGAAGCUCUUGGUGGCACUCCUGAAGCCGACGACUCUCGAAUACAAAGUGUGGAGGAAGUGCCUGUGUUGCAAGCCGACCUCUCUUACACAGACAUGCACAUGGAGGACCAAACGACACAAUUGACGCGGCCAUCGCUACUAACCAUCACUAUGCUUCCCUCUACACGGCUAUCCCGCAGUAAUGGUCGGUCAGCGUCACCUCUCUAUCCGCCACAUCCCUCCAUUGUACAAAGGCGAAUGGAGCUGUUGACUAGCGAUAUGCUCACUCGUGCCCUGACACUUGUUACAAAACAGCAACCCGAUCGAGCACAACACUUACUCGCGGAAACCCGUCUAAUUCUCAAGGGUCUUGCAAAAGGUGGCUUGCCACCCCUCCCUACCAAGGCCAACGCUGGAUCAGCUGGCAGCGGCAUCUCAAAACGUCAUUCACCACCCGCUAUUGGCAAACACUCCUCACGAAAUGCUUCUCCUGCCACACGUUCCGAGCGCCACUCUGACAAUGAGUCUCGUGCUAGCGACGACACCCCCGUCCCUCGCUCCUCGAUGCCGUCGUCGUCAGUCAUUGAUCCAAUUAUCAUGAACUCACUCGAUGCCGACAUCGAAGCCGCACUCGAGUGGAUCGGUCACCCAGCCGUAUUCAGCAGAGACAGUCGCAAGGCAGUGCUGCAAUCUAUCGACGUAAUCAGCAGUCAGCGCGGAUAUACAUUCCGCAGCGCAAGUGAAAGCAUCUGGGCCGAACGCAUCACCAGCAUCAAGCGGAUGAUGGACCAUUCCAGAGAUUGGAGAGGCACCGAGGAGGGCGAGACAAUGGCGGAAGAAUAA